AAACAAUAACAAACCAAUUCCAAAAGCUUUUCUAUUAAUACGAGUUCAGUGGAGUUUACUGAUUUUAUACACCUGUCUAAGUAGUUCAACAUUUAAGCUAUUUUGCAAGGUUAUCAUAUUUCUUCCUGUACUGUGGCAAAUUUUUAUCAACAAAUAUUUAUUGAAUGCAAAGUUCAGUGACUUGUAAUUGUCAUUUAUCUCCAACACAAAAUAUACAUUUUCAAUAUUGAUCUGAUCUUAAAACAUUUUUUAAACCUUUAUUCCUGAUUAAAAUCAGUUAAAAAUUCUGAUGAAAUUGUAUAGUAUUGACGAAUCAUCAAGCAGUUUUGUCCAUAUUUGCAUAUCCCCUCUUCGUUGAAUCGCUUCACUCCAAUCGAAACUUUCUACCACUUAUCAGCUGAGUUCAUAGGUCGUGGGGGUUGUUUUUAAAAGGAGGACUCUUAUCUAAUUGUUUAUUUGUAUCUCUGACGCCAAACAAGAAUGUUGUUAACAAGUGUGAUUUUUUCGUGUUUUUUGGCUCUAGUCUAUGGGGACUGUGCCGCUAAAGCACCGGCAUGGAGCAACACAUACACGGUUAAAGGAAUUCUUUACAUCCCUUAUGCAGAAAUUGAAGAACCUUUUUAUGUCUGGUACGAUGGUUCCUCGAAACGUUCUCGUAUCGAUUAUUACGGCGAUAUGGUGAAAACCUACCAACUCUCCUCAAGCGGCCCUUACGGCACCAGUUUGAAAAUAGCCCCCGUGACAACAGAGACCGAAACCAACUCCCGGACAUGUCUUCAAGUGAAUGGCACUGAAGAUAUCACGAUAGAGCCCCAAUCCAUUCUCCCCGACCUCACAAAUUUCGAGUGUACCGGUGAGGAGACAAUCAGCGGAGUCCUAACCGAGAAAUGGGCCCUCACUCAAACCAUUGGCCAAAAAGUCAACAAGUACGCCAUGUGGCUACAUUACAAAGACGAUCCCGACAACGCCGGAGUCAAAAUCGCCGUUCCGGUCAAAUAUGAAAUGAGGGGUUACAAUUCACUCUUGGGGAGUCACUAUGACCACUACUACCUUGAUUAUGACUCCUUCAGCUCUGACCCCAUUCCGGACGAUAUCUUCAAACUUGAUUCAAACAUGAAAUGUAGUGCUUUCCCCGGCCCUGGCGACAAACACAUUUACACUUUCAACCCCAUGGCUGAGUUUGUCAGACCCGAAAAAACUGGCCAUGUUGAUUUCGAAUUUAACAAAUUCACGCGAAAACAUGGCAAAAAAUACCAAAAUGAAACUGAUGCUCUUGUACGCAAGGAUAUUUUCCGACAAAACGUCCGAUUUAUUCAUUCAAUGAACAGACAAAACAGGGGAUUCACCUUAACUAUUAACCAUUUGGCUGAUAAAACUCCAGCGGAAUUGAAAGCUUUGAGAGGGCGUACUUAUUCCGGAGGUUACAACGGUGGGGCCCCCUUCCCAUACAAAAACAUAAAUAAAGAGGAUUUGCCAGACCAGUGGGAUUGGAGACUGUUUGGCGCUGUGACACCCGUUAAAGAUCAGUCGGUUUGUGGCUCUUGCUGGAGUUUUGGGACAGUGGGAACUAUCGAAGGGGCACUUUUUUUGCACAAUGGCGGAAGGCUCUUUAGAUUGUCUCAACAAGCUCUAGUUGAUUGCUCCUGGGGGUAUGGAAAUAAUGGUUGCGAUGGAGGAGAAGAUUUUAGAGCGUAUCAAUGGAUGUUGAAACAUGGAGGUAUUCCGACUGAAGAGGCUUAUGGCCCUUAUUUGGGACAAGAUGGUUAUUGUCAUGCUGAUAAAGUGCAAAAAGUUGCCAAAAUCACCGGUUACGUAAACGUUACAUCCAACGAUGAAAAUGCAUUGAGGUUGGCUCUCUUCAAACACGGUCCUAUUAGCGUAGCCAUUGAUGCCAGUCAACGCACUUUCAGUUUUUACUCCAAUGGGGUUUAUUAUGAACCCAAAUGUGGUAAUAAAAUUGAUGAGCUGGAUCAUGCAGUUUUGGCAGUGGGAUAUGGAACUAUCAAUAGUGAAAAUUACUGGUUAGUUAAAAACAGUUGGUCGAAUUAUUGGGGCAACGAUGGAUACAUCCUAAUGUCAUCUAAAGACAACAACUGUGGAGUCAUGACAACUCCCACUUACGUAACAAUGUAAUAAAAUUGUGAUUUAUUUAGAAUAAUAAAUAAUGGUUACAUAAAA